GACCAAAAAGGGUGAUUUAUUGGUGACCACCGAAGGUCCUGGGGGUUUUUAUUUUUCCCUCGUUUUUUUUUUUUCACCUGCGCCAUGAGCUGCCAAAGACACACCAGUGGGUUAGGAGGAGAUGGACAGCUUGGAAAUCCCUCAAAAAAGAAGCAGGACAUGAGAGGGGGCGCGCUUCUGCACCAACAGAGACGGCUCAAGCAAACCACGCAGUUUAUGCACAAAGACUCUGCGGAUCUUCUGCCUCUGGACCAGCUGAGGAUGCUGGGCACCUCCAAAGACUUGCAACCUCACAACGUGAUACAAAGACGUCUUCUGGGGGGCAGCCCAGUGAGAGAGCCCAGCGGCUUGGUGAGAACCUCCAACCUGUGUGACAAGGGGACGCAAUCCCCUCCCGAAGGUAAACGGCUGACCACCCAACAACCCUGCCUCCAGGACGAGUGGACACAGCCGACCCAGACGAGUGAAAACAACACAGGUGGAUGGAAAGGACAUUCCCUGUUUAUCCUGUGUAAGGUAUGUACAUUGACCGUCAGGGCCAAGAUAUCCAUUGACCACCAGGAGAACCUAAUUUCGAGGAGUUGUGUGGAGCGAUUAAGGUUGGUGGCAUCAUGUCAGGACACGCCGAGCGAGGCGUCCAAUGAGCUGACCGUGGACAUCGAUCUGGGCUCUGAAAAACUCAGAAGCAAAGCCAGGAUCAUAGAUGAUGACGAGGAUGAGUUCUGCCUUGGCCUGGAGACACUAAUCUCUCUCAAGAGCUGUAUCGAUCUUAGUAAAGGGAUACUGAAAACCGUGCACCAGGAAAUCCACUUCUUACCCCAUCAGGACAAGGAACCGACAGACUAGUCGACGGGAAUGGAUCAUUUUCCGGGGGCCUGUCCCCAUCUUGUACAGAGCACAGCCGCUGUUGGAAAUACCCAUUCCUUCGGUCUUCCGCUACAUGUCAACAGCGACUUCAUGUCUUCAUACCUCUACCCCUUGACCGAUAUAACGUGUGCCAUAAUUACAAAUGAUUCACAUGUAUUACUUGUGUACUGUUUUUAUGUCUUAAAAUGAGUGAUGCGUGUGCUGGCAUGCGACCAUGAAACGGAAAGGAAGAAAAUAAAUGAUAUAUUAGAACGGGAGAGUAUCGGGUCCACGGGAACGGUCAGGCGGUUCGGUGUCGAAGGAAGCAGUUUGUAGGGUCUGGGUGAAUCCGGCUGGUUUGCGACUGUAUACGUUCACACCACCUCCGCUGGGUGGCAAAGCCACACGCCUACCAACGAUCUUGUAUUUAAAUGCUGGACUGUGACGUUCAAUAAGGCAAAUUCUCCUAAACUCUGAAAGGUAUUAGUACUUGCAGUCCACUGUAUACAUAUGCCAAGUAUAUUUUCUUAAUAUGUAACUAAAUCUGCCCGGUGACCACUAUUAAUCAUUGUUGUAAAUCAGCCUUUUAGCCCAACACGUAUCCGCUAUUGUCAAUAUAUCCAUUGCAUAUUCAUAAUUACACGUAAAUCAUUUCAGACUGCAUUCGUAUUUUAUUUAUCGCACCCGCAGAGGCUUCUUCUGCUCGGCGUCACAGCUCAGACGGUUAAGUUUUGUAGGGUCCAAGCUGACCCUGCUGGUUGGUGGUUCAAGAGAAGUUCACGGCUGCUAAAAGAUUUUGUGGGCAUCAUUUACCCAAAAUUAGAUCAAAAUAAAGCGUUUAUAUUGUAA